AUGAUCCGUUAUUUCAUCUCAUUUCUGACUCUUGGAGCUCUUAUCACUACCUCUGUUACACAUCCGGCUCCGGCUCCGACCCCUUCAUCGAUCGACGAUGCUCACUACCAGGCAGUACAGGAAUACAAAAACACCAUGAAGUGUACUAUCUUUGACCCUCCAGAUCCAAAGACUUCAAUCUCUCAGUGCAACGAUGUGUGCGGUGAGGCGGUGGCCAAGGCCAUCGCUGCAGGCCAAAUGGGAUCAACAACGUGCUUGGUCUUAGGCGGGGACAUCAAGUGGGAAGUUGUCAGCGGCAAUCUCAAAGUUGCACCCGCUCAGUGCUCGUGCAAUAACAAUUUUCUCAACCAAUUCGCAGACCUACUGAUGGAAGCGUUGCCGAUAAUCGCAGAAAUUGGCUGCGACCUGCUAAUGGGGAUGUUGCAAUUGGUCGUUGAAGUUGGAGCUCUGGCUAUUCCUGGUGUAGGCGAGGCAAUUGAUGGAGCUAUGAUUGCUGGCAUUGAAGCGGCUAAGCUGAUUUCUUAUUCGGUCGAUGCUGGCGAAGCAGGUGCCAGUGUCUUUUCAAAUUGGCUAACGAAAGGCUGCGGCAAGUCUUACCUUCCUCCCAAUGUGAAGAAGGCGUUCGAUAUCUUCAACAGCGUCAACAACCUUAUCUUGCCGAAGGGGUUCAAGAUCCCGCCAAAAGUCCCAAAAGGCGGCAAGAAGCCAAAGGCCCCAAAGACUAAGGUUCCCAAUGACGACCCAAAGACCGCAAAGGACGGCCCGAAAACGAAUGCACCAUCCGAAACCAAAGCUCCACCAAAAUCGACUCCAAAAGCCACCAAAGCAUCACAUGCGACCACAAUGAUAACAAGUCCACCAAGUACCAAAGAUCCACAUAAGUCCGCAAGCAAUAAAGCUUGUACGAAGAAACAGAAGCGUGCACCACCUGGGAAAGAGCCUGGGAACGAGAUCCCUGAUGACGGCGAAUGCGACGAUCCCAGCUUACACAUCACGAAAAUUACCAAGUCCAACCCGGUUCUCAAGACGAUCACGAAGGACUGCGACUUCAAGAAAUGGCCCCAAGCAUGCUACCAUUACUAUUCGGCUAUCCAGAAUGAUGACCGAAUGUCGAGCGCAUAUACUUGUCGAGACGAUAAUCGUAGCCGCAACGGAGGAUCCACACGUGACUGGAAGUCACAACAUGCCUUGAAAGGUUGGAAAGACUUCACCAAGCCAGCUUAUAAGUUUUGGAGUGAUGAGAAUCCUAAAAAGAAGCCUAACUGCCAAUUGGACGAAUGGCCACCGGCCUACUUCGUUCCUCCCAAUCCCAAUCCCAAUCCGAAGAAGGGUGAAUACAAGCCUCCAGUGGUCGUGCGCUGGAUCCCUGGAAGCGAGAAUGGUGGUGUUGCGUCCCUCUGGAAUAAAUACUGCGAUGAUGAAGACGGCGGGUUUAAGAACGGUCAACUUCUUAAACAGUACGGCCAAGUUAAGAAACCCCCCACCGGAAAGAAGUUUGGUGACGUCAACGAACGCUUAGUCAAACUUAUUCGUCCGGGAGAAGAGGUGGUAAAGAAAGGAAAAGAUAAAAAGGCAACUACUACGACUGAGUUCGAAGCUGAGUACACUCGAGCUGUAUUCGAGAUCUCGUUCGACAAAGACUUUAAGGAUUUUCCUACGAAGGAAAACGAUUGGGGCCUUAGAGAGAACCCGUGCUGGCCGGAGGACAUUGUUCCUAACGACCCCGGGUUCGUGGUGUUCACCGACGACCCUUGGUACAAGACAGCUGGAUCUCCGAAACUUGUGGCAGAACUCAAGAAGCAGAAGGUGUUGUACAAGAAGGCUCCCUCGGCAGACAUGGUUAAAAAGGCAAAGGAACGGCAGAAAGGUAACCCGAGCGAUGAUAAACCAGUUGAGCGAUCAAUAGAGCUCAUAGAUGAUGGUGGCCUUGCCGUCCGCGGAACGAAUACCUCUCGUAGGCUCACCCCCGACGAGAUCCGGCAGAACCUGCAAAUCAUCCGUUGUGCAGACAGCACGUGCUCUGAAGAGCGCAAGGGUCUGCGCGACGAAGGAGAAGAAGCCCUAGUGAUUUCCGGAACUACCAUAGGUUUACCUGCUUUACCUUCCGUUAACGUGGACAGUAUUCCGACUAUUAUGCCAAGAGCAUAUCUGGAACCCAAGGACAAUACGAGGACCUCAGUAUCUCCAGAGCUACCGAUGUCGACGAAGGAAUCUUCCUCGUAUGCAACUCUUCGAAGGCGAAAGGCCUUGUAAUCUGUCAUUCUCGUAUACUACACUGUUAUUCUCGUACACUUCACUGUCUCAGCCACUUUCUGGGUUAUUUUUCUAAAAUAUCUCCCAAUUCUUUCCCUUUACGCAUAGGUCUCUGUUUAGCAUAGCGAUGUAUGGAUUUGCAUGUUUUAUGGCGUUUUGUAUAAGUCUAGACAGUUGGUGUUAUUGAAUCCCUUAUGUUGAGCGCUUACUCUUUCCUAAUUCUCUACAUGAACCAACAGACUAGUCACUCCAUAUUUCUUUGUCAGUAGACAUACCAUUGCGAGCUCUCAUAUCAGAGUAUUCUUUCCUUCUUUCCCUUGGUCUCCAUGAG